CCGUCAUACAGUUUGGCUUCUUCUCCUAAUCUUCUCCCUUCCUCCCCCUACUCUUGCUUAACUGUCAGUGAUUCAUUCAUAACCUGAGCCUCUUUGCUCCACUGUCGUCAUGUUGAAAUUAUUGCAAGCUACUUCACGCGUUACUCGCACAUCCACAGGCCGUAUGGCUGUUCGUGGUUUCCACCAUGCCAAACCUGCCAUGCAAGUCGUGGCAACCAAUCCUCUUCGUGCCAAAGAAGCAACCGGCUCGAUUGCCAGUAAAUAUCCCGUCAUUGAUCACGAAUACGACGCUGUCGUUGUUGGUGCUGGUGGCGCCGGUCUUCGUGCGGCUUUCGGUCUUGCCGAAGCCGGUUUAAAUACUGCAUGCAUUACAAAGCUUUUCCCCACGCGUUCGCAUACCGUCGCCGCUCAGGGUGGUAUCAAUGCUGCUCUUGGUAACAUGACCGAAGAUGACUGGAGAUGGCAUAUGUACGAUACCGUCAAGGGUUCCGAUUGGCUUGGUGACCAAGACGCUAUCCACUACAUGUGUCGUGAAGCUCCCAACACGGUUAUCGAACUUGAAAACUAUGGUGUACCUUUCUCUCGUACAGAAGAGGGCAAAAUCUACCAACGUGCAUUUGGUGGUCAGAGUUUGAAAUAUGGCAAAGGUGGCCAGGCAUACCGAUGUGCUGCUGUAGCUGAUCGUACCGGCCACGCUAUUUUGCAUACCUUGUACGGUCAAUCGCUUCGUCACAAUACCAACUACUUCCUCGAAUAUUUUGCUCUUGAUUUGAUCAUGGAAGAUGGUGAAUGUAAGGGUGUCAUUGCAUUGAACUUGGAAGACGGUACUUUGCAUCGUUUCCGUUCGCACAAGACCGUGUUGGCUACGGGUGGUUACGGUCGUGCCUACUUCUCGUGUACUUCGGCUCACACCUGUACCGGUGACGGUAAUGCCAUGGUCGCUCGUGCCGGUCUUCCUUUGCAGGAUUUGGAAUUCGUCCAGUUCCAUCCUACCGGUAUCUAUGGUGCUGGUUGUCUCAUCACCGAAGGUUCGCGUGGUGAAGGUGGUAUUUUGAUCAACUCGGCCGGUGAACGUUUCAUGGAACGUUACGCUCCCACCGCCAAGGAUUUGGCUUCUCGUGACGUCGUUUCGCGUGCCAUGACUUUGGAAAUCAAGGAAGGUCGUGGUGUCGGUGCUGAAAAGGAUCACAUCUACUUGCAAUUGCAUCAUUUGCCCGCUGAAGUGCUUCACGAACGUCUUCCCGGUAUUUCCGAAACCGCGGCUAUUUUCGCUGGUGUCGAUGUGACCAAGGAACCUAUUCCUGUGCUUCCCACCGUGCAUUACAACAUGGGCGGUAUUCCUACCCGUUACACCGGUGAAGUUUUGAGAGUGAAUGAAAACGGUCAGGACGAGGUCGUUCCUGGUUUGUACGCUGCUGGUGAAGCCGCUUGUGUGUCUGUCCACGGUGCUAACCGUUUGGGUGCCAACUCGCUUUUGGAUAUCGUCGUUUUUGGUCGUGCCGUUGCUCAUCACAUUGCCGAGAACUUGGAACCCAACACCCCCUUGAAGCCGUUUGCUGUCGACGCUGGUGCCAAGACCAUUGCUAACCUCGAUAAGCUGAGAAACGCUGACGGUCACUUGUCCACUGCCGAAAUUCGUCGUAACAUGCAAAAGGUCAUGCAGGCCGAUGCCGCCGUUUUCAGAACCCAGGAAACGCUUGAUCAAGGUUGCGAUAAGAUUGACCAAGUCUGGAGCACAUUCAAGGACGUCAAGGUCACCGAUCGUGGUAUGAUCUGGAAUACCGAUUUGACCGAAACUCUCGAACUUCAGAACUUGUUGACUUGCGCUGCCCAAACCAUGCAUGCUGCUGCUGUGCGUACUGAAUCGCGAGGUGCUCAUGCCCGUGAUGAUUACAAGGAACGUGACGAUGAAAACUGGAUGAAGCACACCUUGUCAUGGCAAGAUCAGGAAACUGGUGAAGUGAAGCUGAGUUACCGUGGUGUGACCGCUCAUACCUUGGAUGAGAAGGAGUGCAAGCCUGUUCCUCCUUUUGCCCGUGUUUACUAAAUAUCAUGUACCGCAAAAAUAAGCUUAAAAAACCGAAAGAGAAGAAUCAUUUCCUUCAUCCUUUUCAUUGAGAAAAAAUAAUUGAAAAAAAAGCUGAAAAUAAAAAGAUUGACAGUGUG